UCCCAAUGUUUUCACUGAUGCUCUAGGAAGCAGUGAAGCUGGAUUGUGGGGAGGGGGUUGGAGGAAGAUCCAUAUGAUGGAGGAGCCCCCUUGUUCCAUGAGGGGCAGGAACCCAGAGCUUCCCUGCUGAGGGCAGGAUCCUGGAUGGCAGGGAGGGACCUGUGACUCCUUUAAUGUCUCCUGUCCAAGCAUUGCCCAUGGGAGCCUAUGGCCAGAUCACAAGAGCCCCCUGGAUCCCUCCUGCCGAGGGGCAGAUCCCUCAGUGACCCCAGCAUCAUCACAGAGCCUGUAUCAGGGGCCCAGGACAUCCCAGAGGAGAUGGCUCAGUCCCUCGCCUUGCGUUCGGAGUAUCUGGUCUCAGGGAUGCGUACACCCCCUGCUCGAAGAAACAGCAAGUUGGCCACGCUUGGCAGGAUCUUUAAACCAUGGAAGUGGAGGAAAAAGAAGAACGAAAAAUUAAAGCAGACAUCUGCAGCUCUUGAGAAGAAGAUAUCUUCAAGGCAGAGCCGCGACGAGCUCAUAAAGAAGGGUUUGUUGGAGAUCAUGGACAGAGAUUCGGAGCCGGCCGAAUGUCCAGCUGGAGAUCAUGUGACACAGGGCCAUAGUGACCUUUUACCCCCCAUGACCCCGACCUCUGAAGACACCCCACAGGAUAUCCCUGUGGUAGCCACAGUGAAUGUCAGCUCCCUGGGCGAGGAUCAGAACCCUGAGCAUGGGGAGGAGGAAACAGGUAGAGGUCAGUUACUGGCGGCAGAUGACCUUGAAGACUCCAUUCUUCCCUCCGUGGAGAAAACAUUACAAGCCUUACUGCUGGCCGAGUCCAUGGACUCCCCACUACUAGAGAAAGACACGGAUCAAAUCCCAAGUCCUCCUCUGCUUCCAAUGUCUCAACCAAAGGCAACCUCUUGGGUCAGCCAGACCGUGACAGGGGCCGAAAUGGAAGAGGUCAUAUUGAAAUCUCCGCCUGCCAACAUACUGAAGAAUUCUGUUAUUCAUGGUUCCUCUCAUACCUCAGGACACACCAAUAUCUUCCAUGCCCAGAAAGUCACGGAACCCCAGGGGCAAGCAGUAAGAGGGCAACACUCCAGCCCAGCCGGUUCCCCACGCCUCUCACAUAUGCCUUUACCUUCUAGCAGAGUCAUCGAAGAACUCCAUCGAGCAUUAGCCACAAAACACCGCCAAGAUAGUUUUCAUGGUAGAGAAAUUAAAUCCUCACCCAAAAAGAGGGUGGAUUUCCGAACAUCUCGGCCCUCCAGCAUGGAAAAGAGCAAAGAUGGCAUUAAUUAUCACGAUGGAGACACAGAGAAUAAAACCAUCUCAGUAAAAGAGUCAGAGGAAAAUAAAGAAAACUUGAUCAGGGAUUCCGGCCAUAAAGACGACAUGCUGCACUACCAGGAUGAAGAUGCUCUAAACAGUUCCAUUAUUUCUGGGACAUUACCGAGAAAAUGUAAGAAGGAAAUGCUGGCUGUAAAGCUAAGGAACAGGCCGAGUAAGCAGGAGUUAGAAGACAGAAACAUCUUCCCCCAGAGAACGGAUGAAGAGAGACAGGAGAUAAGACAGCAAAUAGAAAUCAAGCUUUCAAAACGACUGAGCCAAAGGCCUGCAGUGGAAGAGCUGGAAAGAAGGAAUAUUCUGAAACAAAGAAACGACCAGACUGAGCAGGAAGAACGACGAGAGAUAAAACAGAGAUUAACGAGGAAGCUUAACCAACGGCCAACGGUAGAUGAACUAAGAGAAAGAAAAAUCCUAAUCCGAUUCAGCGAUUAUGUGGAGGUGGCGAAAGCACAGGAUUAUGACAGGAGAGCAGACAAGCCAUGGACCCGAUUAUCUGCUGCAGACAAGGCUGCUAUACGAAAGGAACUUAAUGAGUAUAAAAGCAAUGAAAUGGAAGUGCAUGCUUCAAGCAAACACUUGACCAGAUAUCAUAGGCCGUAGAAAUCUUCCUGUGGGAAAGACUCCUUCAUUUCGGUAAAACUGCGGAACAUGUUCCACGAGGAGCAGUGAUGUGCAGUUGUAAAGUUCAGCGCAUGGCGCUCUGAUAUUUACGCGGAGAGUGGUUUGGGCAAUGCACUUCCCAGCAUGGGAGGGACUCCCGAUGAGUCCCCCGCGUACGCCUGUGGACUGAUCAGCCCCUUGGGGUGAGAGAAACUAGCUCAAGGAUACACACGCAAAAUAAACUGGGUGUUGUUACCAGAGACUGGAUGGAAAAUGCGGUCUGAAGCUGCAUAUUGCAGCACAACGCUGUGCAUGUGUUGGUUUCACUACAGAGAGAUCAUCAUGGACACACAGCCAACACUUCAUACAGUAUUACGUCAACCUGUCAGCCUGAUCACAGUUUAUUUGUAACUCUUACAGUUAAUGCCUCUGCAAAAUAUUUUCAUGUUUUAUAUAUUUUUUUUUUAUGUCUUAAGAAAAC